AUGACCAUUCCACGUAAACCUCAACAAAUUCCUCAAGUUGAGCAACAACACUCUAUCACCUCUCCUUUGUCAGCGACGGAGGAACAACAACAAGAACCACCACCAGAAACAACUCCAACCUCCUCUCUUCCUCCUCAUGGUGAUCGUACUCUCACUCCAAAAAAGAAGACGACAUUCAAUGAAGACAAUAGGGUAGCCACCAUUCCACACGACCAACAACAACAAGUUGAUGAUGAUAAGAGUGAUUCUACGACGACAACUACUCCAUACAGCACCACCACCACCACUCGUUCAAGUGGUCACCCCAUUCGAUUGAAAAUUCACAUGUGUGGCUGUCACAAGAUGUUACGAUUGAAUGUAAUGAAAAUUCUCUCUCUGAUUGCCAUGACUAGUAAUAUUUUGGCAUUUGUGGCCAUUGCUGUGGUCAUGAUUAAUGCUCAUAUCAUACAGUCGGAUAUUGAAAUGGAUAUUUUAUUGUUGAGAGGUGAUUUAUCAUCUUUAAGUGAAAAGACAAAAUGUGCAGUACAAUUAACAGCCUAUGGAAAUAAGACCACCUUUAUGGAUGGGUAUAAUAAUUAUGUGGUGAAUGUGACCAAUAGUUUAAAAAUUCUUAAAAGUGAAUUGUUACCUUCGAAUUUGUACAUUUUGAAUGAUACGAAUGAACCAACGAUGGACAUGGAUCGAGCCAUCAUGGAUUUUGUAAACAAUGGGAAGGCCUCCCAAGCAGUUGCCUUAUUGGAAUCGGAGGAAUAUUCCAAAAAAAGACAACUCUUCAACACAUUCAUGAACAAUGUCUUGCAAUAUUCGAGUGAAGUGGCAGAAUCAAAAAAUUCUUACAUUCUCACUGCAGGUAUUAUCAACCUCACUUUGAUCAUGACAGCUCUCGUGGUUGUGGUUCCCGUUGUUUUGAUCGUUUUCAUCAUGGCUCUUCGAAAAGAGAGAAUUUCCUCGAAAAAAGCUUAA